AUCCACAAAUUUGCGAAACUUCAUUCGAGCAUGUCUAGUUGUAUCCCUGCUUAUCGCUGUCUGCAUUGUUGACCUUACAUUUACCUUCUGGGCAUCCCCCGCCUUUGUUGCAAUACAUCCCAUAUUAUUAUUUUUGUGGCAUUAAGUUGGCCUCUGCUACGUGCGGUACCUGCAUUUGCUUUCGAAGCGGAUAGUUUUGCUGGUGUAAAAUGGAAGGUUUAGAAGCGUUGAUUCCCGUUAUCAACAAGCUCCAAGAUGUCUUUACCAAAGCCGGCAUUACCAAUCUGGAGGCUGUCAAUCUUCCCCAAAUUAUAGUGGUCGGGGCGCAGAGUGCCGGAAAGAGCUCCGUGCUAGAAAGUUUGGUUGGUCGCGAUUUCCUGCCGCGAGGACAAGGCUUGGUUACCAGACUGCCACUGGUACUGCAGCUUAUUAAACUGGAUGACGACAGCAGAAAUCGCUACGGCAUCGGGGAGAACAAAGAGUUCGCUCAGUUCCUUCACGAUCAGAACACAUUGUAUACCAAAUUCGAUAACGUUAGGAAGGCAAUAAAUGAUGAAACUGAUCGCAUCAUGGGAAAAAACAAGGGCAUUGGCAGCCAGCCCAUCAAUCUCAGAAUAUUUUCUGAAACAGUUGUUGACUUGACUCUUGUUGAUUUGCCUGGUCUCACGAAGAAUCCUGUGGGUGAUCAGCCGCACAACAUCGAAGAGCAAAUUACAAAGCUCAUUAUGGCAUAUAUAAAAAAUCCUAACUCACUUAUUUUGGCGGUAACACCAGCCAAUGUGGACAUGGCCACAUCAGAAGCGCUAAAAUUGGCGAAAAUUGUCGACCCGGAAGGCAAGCGUACUUUGGCGGUUAUCACCAAACUGGAUUUAAUGGACAAAGGUACCGAUGCACGAGACGUUUUGAGCGGCAGCGUCAUCCCGGUUAAACUUGGAAUCGUUGGAGUAGUCAAUCGAUCACAGCAGGAUAUUAACACCAACAAAACGAUAUCAAAAGCUGUGGAGGACGAGAAAACCUUCCUGCGGAAACACUAUUCCGAACUGGCGCACAAACAUGGGACUAUCUAUUUAAGCCGAACUCUUAAUAAUCUGCUAAUGACCCAUAUUCGAGAACGACUACCGGACCUCAAGGGGCAAAUUAGCCAUCUGACACAAGCUCAUAAAAAGCUCAUGGAGGAUUUGGGACAACCUGUCACGGACAAGGAAGCUCAUCUGAUCAGACUAAUAACGGACUUUGUGAAAGCGUACAGCAACACGGUGGACGGUACCAACGUAGACGUGGACUCCAGUACCAACAAGCUGAAAGGCGGCGCAUUGAUCAGUGUGGAGAUAUUUCAAAAUAUCUUUCAUGCGCACUUGUUUGACAUCGAAGCGUUAGAUGGUCUGGAGUUGAAAAUCAUUGUUUUGACACUGCGUUCAGCGGCAGGAUUGUAUCCUCCGCUCACGGUACCGGAUAUGGCUUUCCGCACCUUAGCUAAGCGCCAAGUUGCCCAUAUGUUGCAACCCUGUCUGGAAUGUGUUGACCUCGUCUUUGAAGAGAUGCAGCGAAUCAUUCAGCGAUCUGGUACAAGUAUUCAGAGAGAAUUCCAGAAAUAUCCCCAAUUCGGCGCCGGCGUUAUCCGUGUUGUGAACGAGUUUUUAAAACAGCAGGCUGAAUCAACGAGAACCAUGGUUAAAUAUCUGCUGGACAUUGAGGUGGCCUACAUAAAUACCAAACAUCCUGAUUUUUGUGAGGAGAUGGAAGCACUUUUGGAACAGCGCUCAGCAGCACGGGCCGAGAGAAACAACGAAGAAGAUAGUCCACAGCGGAGCAAGCCCAAGAAGCCAGUACGCCAAUCUGGAUACUUCGAUUCAAUGACUUCGGCUUCCGGAAAAAGUGGUCGGCAAAAGUCGUCCGCUAGCCGAAUUAGCCUUGGUCCUGGAAGUACCAGAGAAGCCAACUUCUUGGCCGAGCGCGAAGAAUUCGACCCAGCCAGCAUCCCACCGCGCGAAAUGGAAGACGUUGAACUGAUGCAGACAUUGGUGACAAAAUACUACGCUAUUGUUCAGAAAACCAUAUUCGACAUUGUGCCGAAAGCCAUAGUUCAUUCACUAAUCGAGAAAACGAAGGACGAAUUAAACCAAAUUCUUCUGUCUAAUUUAUACUCUGCUGGAAUGGCCGAUAAAUUUGCAAUCCUAAACGAAGCAAAGGACGUGACGGAGCAGCGCACCAAUACUAUGGCAAUGUUGGAAGCGUUACACCAAGCCAGCAAGAUUAUUAGUGAAGUCAGAGAUUUGUCGACAAACCGGAACUAGAAACAUUUCUUUUAUUCAAAAAUUGAUGUUCAAACUGUUUUUAAAAGUUUUUAUCGUCUAGCUCAGUGUAACAUUUACAGUCGCCGACCGUAAGAUUGCGGGGCAAAUUAAGAGUUCGUGGCCGUAACAGCUGUGAAAUACGUUUUUGGAGUACAACGAAACCGACAUCUUAAUAUUUGUACUUAGAAAUGCCUCAUAUGUGUUGGUCAAGCAGUCAAGCGUACUUUCAAAAGUCAAACGUACUCUCUGGCAGACAGUUUAGAGAUACGAGUUGCUUUCGCAGCCUUUGCAUGGAACAGGGUGUUAGUCGUCAUCAGCACUUCCGCCGGUACCACGACUGUUGCCGCUGCCUC